UUUUUUUUUUUUUUUUUUUUAACAAUUCUUACUUCGGCUGUAAAUUUACCCAGCCAGACGAAGCGUCUCAGCUCGAAAUCUCAUCGCGACGGCUCGUGAUAUCGCAAGUAGCAUUUUUUUUUAGAUUGAAAAAAGCCCUCUGAAAUACAACAUGGAGUCGCCUCCUGAUCCGACGAGCGAGCCGGGUAAGAGCGCCUCCGAGGCGGCGAGCGCGGUCAGGGAGAGCCCGCUGAACCUGGACGCUCUGCGGAAAGCCGAGCACCAAGCGCCGGUGCGCAGACACAGCUGCUCCAGCACCAACAGAGGUAUUUCAGUAACAAAGAAGACGCAUACUUCUCAAAUUGAAAUUAUUCCCUGCAAGAUCUGUGGAGACAAAUCAUCAGGCAUCCAUUACGGUGUGAUAACAUGUGAGGGCUGUAAGGGUUUCUUCAGGAGGAGUCAGCAGAGCAAUGCGGCGUAUUCGUGCCCACGUCAAAAGAACUGCCUGAUCGACCGUACCAGCCGAAACCGCUGCCAGCACUGCAGGCUGCAGAAGUGUCUGGCUGUGGGCAUGUCACGGGACGCGGUGAAGUUCGGGCGCAUGUCAAAGAAGCAGCGGGACAGCCUGUAUGCUGAGGUGCAGAAGCACCGUCUCCAGCAGCAGCAGAGGGAGCAGCAGCAGCAGCCGGGCGAGGCCGAGCCACUCACACCCACCUACGGGCUUUCAGCAAACGGCCUCACCGAGCUGCAUGACGAGCUGAGCGGCUACAUGGACGGCCACACGGCCGACGGCACCAAGCCUGAUUCAGGUGUCAGCAGCUUCUACCUGGACAUCCAGCCCUCACCCGACCAGUCUGGCCUGGACAUCAACGGCAUCAAGCCCGAGCCCAUCUGUGACUUCACGCCAACCUCAGGCUUCUUCCCAUACUGCUCCUUCAGCAACGGCGAGACCUCCCCCACCGUCUCCAUGGCCGAGCUAGAGCAUCUGGCCCAGAAUAUCUCCAAGUCCCACAUGGAGACAUGUCAAUAUCUGAGAGAGGAGCUGCAGCAGAUGACCUGGCAGGCCUUCCUGCAGGAGGAGAUGGAGAGCUACCAGAACAAGCCCAGAGAAGUCAUGUGGCAGUUGUGUGCCAUUAAAAUCACAGAGGCCAUCCAGUAUGUGGUGGAGUUUGCCAAGCGUAUCGAUGGCUUCAUGGAGCUCUGUCAGAAUGAUCAGAUUGUGCUGCUCAAAGCAGGCUCUUUGGAGGUGGUGUUUGUCAGAAUGUGUCGUGCCUUUGACCCUCAAAACAACACAGUCUAUUUCGAUGGAAAGUAUGCUGGCCCUGAUGUGUUUAAGUCAUUAGGUUGUGACGACUUGAUCAGCUCCAUCUUUGAGUUUGGGAAAAACUUGUGUUCUAUGCACCUGUCUGAGGACGAGCUAGCCCUGUUCUCAGCGUUUGUGUUGAUGUCUGCAGACCGCUCCUGGCUCCAGGAGAAAGUGAAGGUGGAGAAGCUACAGCAGAAGAUCCAGCUGGCCCUUCAGCAUGUCCUGCAGAAGAAUCACAGAGAGGAUGGCAUACUAACAAAGUUAAUAUGCAAAGUGUCGACCCUGCGAGCGCUGUGCAGCAGGCAUACAGAGAAGCUGACCGCUUUUAAAGCAAUAUACCCGGACAUUGUGCGUACCCACUUCCCACCCUUAUACAAGGAGCUCUUUGGAUCAGACUUUGAGCAGUCCAUGCCCGUGGACGGGUAGCGGCCUCCUCGUCCGCCCCGCUCUGAGGGGCCUCAAACACCGUGGGGAAUGUCGAGCAUGAAUCUGAGACACUUUACCAGUGCCCUGCACAUACACACACACACAAACACAAACACAAAACAGGACAGCUAACCUGCUGCAUACACUUUCCUUUUUUUUUUUUGUUGUUGUUGUUGUUGUUUUUUUCCUUCGGGAGGGGGUACAGCAAGAUAACUUUUAUUUGAAGGGUUGAUUUUGUGAGGUUUAUCCCCUCCUUUUUUGACACAAGUGGGAUUGGGAGGGCCCAGGGGAAAGGAUGAGGAAAUGAAGAUGCUUGCUUUCUCUCUCUCUCUCUCUCUCUCUCUCUCUCGCGUGCUCGCUCUCUCCCGCUCUCUCUCCAUCUCUCUCUCUCUCUCUCGCUCUCUCUCGUGUGCUCUCUCUCUCUCUCGCUCUCUUUCUGGCUAAACCUGAAGCACUCAUGCAUACGACUCCAACAUGGUCCCAUGAUGAUUUCUAAUUGAUCACCAGAAAUGGUGUUUCCUACAAGACAUCCUAUCAAACCUUUAAAUUCUUCAAAGAAAGCAAACAUUAAUUAGGAUUGUUCUGGAUAAUAUGUAGUUUGGUCCAAUUUUGAUAAUAUGAAAUCAGAGUCAUUACUUAUUACACCCUCCAAGUUUAAAUAUUACCAUUCCCAAACUAAAAACAACAUGCAUGGAUGGAUUGUGACCAAUGCCGUAUGCAUGUGCUAGGUUUAGUCACCUCUCUACUCUUUCUGUCUUUUGCUGGGAAGCUGCUGCUCAGAAUGUAAACCAGCAGUAAAAGAAGUCAAAAGAGGAGAGCCAGAUGAGGAGAGAGAGAGAGAGAGAGAGAGUAAAAGGGAGAGAGCAGGAGAGAAAGAGAAAGCACGGGGCAUGUGGAACAGAGCCGUCUGCAUGGGGUGACACGAAACUGACGCCUUUCUAAGGACAAUCGUUAAAAAAAAAGAGAAGAAAGAAGAAAAAAUAAGUAGAAUUCUGGUAAUUCUAGUUUUAAAAAAAAUGCAAUUACUUUUAGCUGUCGAGCACUUCAUCCACCGUGGUUGCUUAGUGAGAUCAUGUAAGGCCAUCUGCUAUUAACUUGUUUUCCUGGACAGAUGCUGGCAGUUUAACUGAGCACACCGCCACAGCGCAAGGGUCCAUUCCACCUGUUUUCUAAUGUGCUACAGGGUAUACGGUCAUAAGUACUUACUAUACAGAAAAGAAAAGUAAUGUUUAUAGAAUCUAUUUUAAAUAACAUGUAUGAUAUUAGUAGCUAGACUAUUCUUAAUUGUCAAAAUUGAUAAGGCACUUUUAUUUGCACCUUUCUUUAAUUUAAGACUUGUAUAUUUACCUAGUGAUGUGUUGCAUGUGCAAACAGAAAUACAAGCGAAAAACCACCGACUCACAGAGGCUACAUGUUGGAAGCUCCUACAGGUGUGUGUGUGUGUGUGUGUGAGUGAGUGAGAGAGAGCGUGUAAGGAUAAGAUGGAUGCUGGGUAAAGGCUGACCGAGAGGUGUAUAGAGUUGCAUCGGCAGGUUUUCUGCUCAGAUCUGCUUUACCGCUUUACAGAAUGAGAAGUGGGGGCAAGGCUGAACCCAUCCUAGAUCACCAUGUUCUACGACACUGCCAAUCCACGUCUAAAACCGCUGUAACAGUAUGACAUGUUAACAAGCUUGAUUUUCUCUUAGGCGUAAUGCCCAUUUUCAGCACAAAUAUAAAGCUUAAUAGUUAAAGCAUUUCCAUUAAACUGUGUGGAAUGCAGGCAGUGGGGUUUAGAUUAAUAAACCUUCAUCAUACAGUGCACGUUAGUCAAGGGUUCCAUCUAGUGGUGAAGAUCCCACAGCAUCUCUGGGUAUCGUCCCCUACGUCUUGAACAUUGGUUUAUUAACGAUACAGCGUGCAGACUUCCCUGUUUAAUUCUGCCCCAUCUGCUUUUGUAGAACAGAGUUUUAGAUGUGAGUUUGAGUGAGGCUUUCGUUCUCAAACAGCCUUUCUGGAACAGCCUUUGCCCAGCUGUACUGGUAGUAAGGAGACAGUUAAAGAAUCAGAAAAAUAUUCAAAGCCUUGUCUGGUAGUAAAACGUCUAUUUUUCUAAUAUGUACAGUGCAUAAGCUGAAGAAAAAAGGAGAGGGAGUGAAAGAAAGUGAGAUUAUAAAGCACUUAUUCCUGCAAUAAUUCGAUUUUUGUGUCUUUACGUUUGGUCAAUAGUAGUAUUAGUGCAUUUUUUUUUUCUUCUUCCCCCUGACUGCAUAAUCAUUGUCUAAUUGUUGAGUGUAAGCCCUUCAAGCAUGCCAUCGCAGUUUCUCCUGAUGUUGAGUCCACAGAACAUUCCAGUUAAAUUAUAAUGUGACUAUUAUAAAAUGCACACGAUGCAGAAACACCACAGUGAUAUUCCAUGAACAAACAUUUCUGCUAGUAAUUCUGCACUCACUUAUAUCUCCCCCCACCCCCCGUUUCAUAAUGCUCCUUGAACAAUAUACUAUGUAUUUUCCUCAGGGAAGAGUUGUACUUGUAACUCUGUUCGACUCAGUUAACGUUCAUUUUUAUCAGAUGAUGAUUGGUCCUGCCCUCCAUUAUUUCCUGUACCUACAUUCUCAGUAUAUACCAUAGUUAUGUGACCAGUGUCAGCAAUGGCAGUACAACACACUAAAAUUAGACCUGAUAUUUAUUACCAUAGAGAAUGUGUUUCAACAAUCAUGUAACUUUGACUUGGUGCAUCUGCAAUGUAUUUGAUUGAUUGUUGCUGGCCAGAGAUGUUAAAAUUACACAGAAACAUUCAUCAAAUCUGUGAAUGACAAUCCAGCAGAACAUUUGAAAUUGGCAGUGCGUGGACGUAAAUACCAAAUGCUCAGGGAGAACAUUUUACUAAAAGUACUGGGGGCAGCCCAUUUCUGUAACGUAGCAUCAUAACAUUUCCAACAUGUCGUUGGUGUUUGGUUUGGGUUUAAAAAAACAAAAAUUUUAAGAAGUACUUCUCUGGUCAGUGUGUAAGAGUCAUCAUUUUCACAUUAUAUAUUCAUGUGAAAUCCUACAUCUCGUCACAUCUCAGAAAUGUCUAAAACAACAGUUCAAAAACGGUUCAGUGCACUCGCAUUCUGCUACCAACAGGGUCCAACAUCAUAGAAAAACAAGCAAUGAGCUAUAACGUCACCCCUUUUAGUGUAACCUUCACACAUAUUGUAUGAAUCUAUGUGCCAAAUACCUCUUGUACAAUUAGCUCCACUAGCAGACUCUGCCCAUGAGCCAGGAGUGCGUAGUGUGUUACUAAUACGGGUUUUGACAGGGUAGCCACUGCUGUGGAGUUCCCUCUGAACAAGCUUUGAUACGCAGAAGACUGUUGUAAUUCUGUUCUUUUCAGUCUACUUGAUCCAUAUCGUGGUGUCCUAGUUAAUGCGAAUUACAACGAUACCCGUUUGCACCGUAAAAACAAUUGUACUGAUGUUUUUGGGGUUUUUUUGUCAGUGUAGUUUGUUUUAGGUAUUAAAAGCAAUACAGGCUGUAAAGUAGAAACUUUGGACAGUUUAUUUUUUCAAUCAAAAGUACUGAACCAUCUCUGGAUUUGUGGUAUUGACAUGUCGAUGUACAGAUAAAUACUCUCACUUGUGAAAGAUCCAGUUGCGCAUCAAAAGUUUCCAUAUGGUGUGUUGUAUUUUGUGUGUGAAACAGUGUCUUGAGAUCUUUCUACCCUCUUUGUUAAUUUCGUAAGAAGCAAUAUGUGUGAGUGUGUGUGUGAGUGUGUGUGUGAGUGUGUGUGUGAGUGUGUGUGUGAGUGUGUGUGUGAGUGUGUGUGUGAGAGAGAGAGAGAGAGAGAAACCCCAGACAAGGCUUUAAUAAAGUACAUAAGGAGCAGCAGGGUCAGCUGGUGAAGUAAAUGGUAUAUGGAUAUCUUAGUUUUCCCAGGUUUCACACACUUUUAGUAGCAAUUUUGAACUCAUCCAUCAGGCUGGACAAGCAUGACACAGUGCACGCCACUAUCUUAUUCAAAUCCUUCACACCUACAUUAUGCAAAUCUGCCACUGACAGGCCUAUGCAGUCACAAAUACCGCAGAACGAGUUUACACUGUACCAUCGUAAUAACUCCGUCAUUCAUUCUUAGUGAGGGCACUUAGACUGCCAGAAGCCAUUUUAAUAAUAUUCUUAAUAACAUGUUCUAAUACGUGGAAUUAAUGUGUGAUGUCAUGCUUGUGACGCCAUUUUGAUUUGAAGGUGAAAGUGUUAUUUAGAGGUACCGAUUAUCAAUCAUUUUCAUUGCAUUUUUUUAAUGUGACCUUUUAUCCUGAAAGCACAGCUAAUAAAGUGAGAUAUGUUUUAGAAUAUAGAGCAAAAGACAAAAAAAAGACAAACAAACAAAAAAAAAUCUUUAGCCAUAAUCGAAUGUCAAGCAAUAAUAUAUAUGGUAUAUUAUUAUUAUUAUUAUUAUUAUUAUUAUUAUAAUUAUUCAUCUUUGUGCAUAGGCUUGGACACCUGCAUGUAAAUACACCUCUUAUUUAUCACGUUUUGUUUCGUUCUUUUUUUUUUUCUCAAUCUCUCUCUCCCUGAUUAUUUUUUUUGUUUUGUUUUGUUUUGUUUGUAUAUUUGACUAGUUCUGUUCCCAGGUGGAGAACUAAGAACUUCAUAUGGCCUGUAAACUGUACAGCUUGAUUUCCCUCUCUUUCUCUCUCCCCCUCAGCUUUCCGCUUAUAAUUCACUAUAUUUAAUGUUAUUAUUGAUCACAUGUAUAAAAGUAACUUUGUAACAUCUGUCUGUAUAGGUAAAAAAAAAAAACGAAAAAGAAAAUACUGCUAUUAAGACCUACUCAGUGCAAAUAUUUAUCUGUUUAUUGGAUACAUCAUGCUGUACAGUAUCUCUGUUUUUAGUAUACUUCUCUCUUUUAGAGUUAGUUUGAUAGCGAUAGGGCGUGCUGACAUUAAAUUUUGUGUUAAACUGACGUGUGGUGCUAGGUAACUUACUUUCGUGAACAAAAAAAAACAAAAAACAAACAAACUCUUGACUCAUAGACAAGGCCACUCGAUUAGUUCAUUCAUUUCACUAAGUAUUGAUGCAUUCUUGAUAUUAGGACUCGAUAAGGAUAAGGAUAAAGAAUAAUGAUAGUGGUAAAUUUACUUGAAAUCCCUAGCAAGUACCUGUAUCAGUGUGCUAGUCUCGGGAUUGCACUCUUCCUUCUCACUUUAAGACUAUAAGUAAAAGCGGUAUCAUCUAAUUAAGAUGCUAUUAUUAAACGUCGCGUUUCUGAUUCGUCACGAUUUUUAAAGAAAAUGUUUAAGCUAAAGAAAAGCAGUAUUGUGUCGAUCCUUUUGAUUGUGAGAACCACUGGCUAGACUUGUAGCUGUUCAAUUUCGCAAAUGCAAUGCCUACUGGUACUUUUCUCAGAAAUCCUACGCUGGAAAAAGUCUUUUCGAUAAACGAUGCACAGACACGAGAGAGCACAUACUGGAUGAUAGAAUUAUUGGCAGCCUCAUUUUGGUUCUCUUUGUUUUUUGACUUAGCCUAGACAACAGCUUCAUUCAGCAUAUUUAUUUUUCUGCACUAAUGUGUACGACAGCACUGUCAAUAAUUACCAACUUAGUGCGCACACACACACACACACACACGCACACACAUAUAUAUAUAUACACACUGUGGGUUAAGUGUUAAACAUGUAAGAGGUUGAAAUUGUCAGUUGUAGGUUCAUAUUUCCUCGAGUAUUUCAUUUUCAAUUUCUGUAGCAAGUAUGACGGCGAUCCUUGCAAUAAUACACAACAAACACCACUGAGUGCCUCUCAGUGGUCCAGGAUGCAGAAAUUACGUAGUUUUCACUGUUCACUGUAGUCAAAUGGUCAUGUAUUUGCACAUGUAGGUGAAUUCUAUCCAAAUUCUUAAUGUCUUGUUUUUUUUUCUGUAACUGUCCUGUACUUUUGUUUUAUGACCAUGUGAACGUUUUCCACCGCUUGUAGUUUUCUGUGUGUUUCAUUUCGCAAACUUGCAGUGCACGGUCAGUGUUGCUUUUCUCCUUUACUUUUCUGCUGACAUUAAUGUAACCUUGUGGAAUAAUGGUAAAACAUGCAUUCUGAAUGUUUUAUUUUCAGACCCUGGUUUGCGCAUUUGUAAAGGACAAUAGACAAUCCACUCUGCGUUCCCCCUAUUUACAAAACUUCCCGUUGCUGUUCUUUCUCGCAGACAAAUGACUAAUGCAUUGUAUUUUAAGUAUUCACAUGUGUAUGGAAGAUAUGCAUAAUGCACAUUUGGAUUUCUUUCCUGUCGUGUGUUAAAUGUGAGCUCGCAGGGGGACUGGGUUUUACUCCACACACAGGCAGCAUAUACAUGGGGAGGGAAAAAUGCCAAGACAAGUUUGUGGUUGUCACAAAUUUUUACAUCACACAUUUGCUACUGAUCUAACCGUGGGGAGAGAUGAUCAUGUACCUUUUUAUCCAGCUCUUUUGAACUCUAUUUAGGAGGUAGUAUCUUCACAAUAAUAGUUUUGCUCCUUCUCUUCGUCUGAUUCUUAAAUAUGAAAAUUAAGUAUUUUGAUUCAUUUUGUAAAUACAGCUGUAAAGAAAAAUAAGAAAUUUAAUGUUGUCUUUUAAAUACUUUUCAUUCUAAUAUGAAUGUUGUUAUAUUGUACUUAGAAACUGUACCUUUAAUAUUACCUUUAUUAAAGUGCAUUGGACACAUCGAUUUUAGAUGUGCUUUAUGUGCUGUUAUCCCAUAAUAAAAUUUACCGCUUGUAAUUGG